AUGACUCGGCGGCUAGGGGCUCCUGGGUGGCCCAGGGAAGAUAUUAGAUGUACCCGCUACCCGCUCCGCGCGGGCCGUCGUGCAAUGCUAUCCGAGCUCCGCGCGCAGAGCGCGCCCCUCCUCCUUAAGUCCGUCCUCUCUGAAACCUUGGCAGCGAAGAGGGAUCACAUUUCCUUUGUCAUCGGGCCAUUUCGCCCUCGCCUUGGUCCCCCCUCCGAUCCCGAUCCGCGGGGACGGAGCCUCCUCCCGAGCGCGCUGGAAUCAGUGGAAUCGUCAACGGCCCCGCGCGCCGAGCUCGGGAACCGCGUGGCCGACGCUGACCGCCAGCGCCCGCGUCAUCUUCCUUCUGAAACGAGUUGCGGAACAGGACUCGGGUGGCCCCGACCGUGCUGUGCCUAUGCGGCUUUGCUCAAGCAGUAACUCGGCCUCCUGGGGCUUCAAAACACCCCCAAUUCGGCCGCGCGCGCGCGCGCGCACCCCCUCUUUCUCUGCUUUACCGCCUCUUCCUCCUUCACCUCCUCCUCCACCUCUUCUCCGUACUCCGGUUAUUGGGACUGA